AAUAGCCUAAAAAAAGAAAAAAAAUCAGCAAUAAAACAAAAUUGGUAUGUAUGUUGAUUAAAUGUAGAAGAAAUGUAUUUAUAAUCAUUAUUAUAAAAGCACUAAACGGUCGUAUAGCUGCCUCAAAAAAGUUAUCGCGCCUUUUAAUUAACAUUUUUUGUGUGAGUGUGUUGAAAAACUAACAGCGAAAUGUUCGUUUGAUUUAAAUUUUUUCUUCUACAAAUGUUCAAUACCAAUAAUACGUCAUACCAUAUAUAAAAGCAGUGGAAAUACUGUCAGCAAUUAAAAAUUGUCAUUAACAACAAAAACAAUUGAUGGACACGGUGUUUUGUUCAACAACUAACAGCGAAAUAAUUCAGAUCCUUUGAUUGUCUAAAGUGUCACAGCCAGCAGCAGUCGUCAUGUCACUCGCAAAUGAAUUGACAACAAUAAUAUUAUUGUUGCUCACAUUUUUGUUGACACCAACAAUAACAACAACAGCAAUGGAUAGCAAAAAUGCAAUGCAACAACAACAAGCAAUGCAUCGGAAUGCUUUAGCCACCCUUGUGCAACAACCCGCCAUAGUUUUGGCCUCCGCCGGCACUGAAAGUUACUCGUUGCAACCCGCCGCCGCCAAUGUACCCAGCUAUGCAGCACUACACCGCAACAGUCAGCAAUACACACCGCAGCAGUUCCAGCAUAGUCAUCAGCAGCAACAAUCAAGCAAUAUCAAUAUGCUGGACUUCCGUGGCGCAUUCGUGGCGCCCACAGCUUCGGGUGAGCAACAGCCGGAGCUGACCACUUACCCACCGCCGAGAUUUGAUUUUGGCAUGCCACGAAAUAUAACAGCGCGUUCGGGUCAAACGGCAGCGAUAAAUUGUCGGGUCGAACAUUUGGGUGAUAAAUCGGUUUCAUGGAUCCGAAAACGUGAUUUACAUAUCUUAACCGCUGGCAUUCUGACUUAUACGUCCGACGAACGAUUUCAGGUUGUACGCACCGCUGAUUUCAAGGAUUGGACGCUGCAGGUGAAGUACGCGCAGCCACGUGACAGCGGCAUCUAUGAAUGUCAAGUAAAUACGGAACCGAAGAUCUCCAUGGCUUUCCGGUUGAAUGUUAUAGUGACACCGCCGGAUGCCAAAGCAAUGAUUGUCGGACCAUCCGAUCUCUAUGUGAAGGUGGGCAGUGCCAUUACGCUCACCUGUCAUGUGAAGCAACCGUCGUCGGCGUCGGAUAUUGGUCCAAUCUAUUGGUAUCGCGCCAACUACAUGCUGACACCCUUUGUGGCGCAUCCGAAUGAGGCAGCCAUCGAUAUGCGGCGCAUAUCAAUGGAAUCGAAUUUGGGCGAAAAGCUGCAAAGCCGGUUGCGCAUAGCGAAUGCACAAACCGCCGACUCGGGCAAUUACACGUGUAUGCCGACCACAGCCGAGGCUGCCAGCGUGAUGGUGAAUGUUAUAAAUGCUGAAACGCCCGCGGCUAUGCAAAAAAGCGCCGCCACACAAUUACAGACUCGCUGCUGCAUUCUCUUGCUUCUUGGCACAUUCUCGGUGCGAUGGCUGUUGCAGUGCUCCACAUCUUUGUCAAAAUUGUCACUACGCUGUAUAACAGCUAAGGAACCCAUUAGAACGCAGCCAUUACCGGAAACAACUUGCCGAACACCCUUCGUCGUGAAUAUCGAAUAUCAAACUAUUUUGAAUAGAGAGAUUUGUUAUGGUUCAGUGUCAUGAUGUUGCGGCAUUGAUAUAUAAAAAAAUAAAAAAAAAUAUAAAAUAGAAAAUUUAAGGCAUCCUAGAAAAACUAAAAACGCUCUAAAGCUCAUAACUGUAUUCAAAAGUUUUUUAAUACUCUUAUUUAUAAUGGUAUAUGUACAGGAAUAUACAUUUAGAAAUGCAUUUAAAUAGUCCACUACUUCAUCAUACAAAUGAGUAUAAUACUCACAGGUGUAUAUAUGUAUGUAUAA